AUUUUGGCGGAGUUGAUCAACCAUGACGGAUGCUGGAUUUUUCAAGGGUACGAGCGCAGAGCAGGAUGCCAGGUUCGCGGACAAAAAGAAGAAGCUGAUGAAAACAAUGAAGUUUGGAGAUAAUCUUUCUCAGAAAGUUGACAUGGCACGUAUAAAUUUGGAUUGUAUUCGCCCUUGGGUUACCAAUCGUGUCACCGAGCUUCUUAAUUUCGAAGAUGAAGUGGUUUGUAACUACGUCUUAAACCAGCUGGAAGAACGGGUGAGUCCCAUUUGCUUGCGAUCAUUCUUCGGCCUAGUUGUCUUCCGGCUUACUUUUUUCUCACACCGGCGUGCAGUAUUUUGAGCGAGUCCCACCAUUGGGUGCGCGUUACGGUUAUGUGGUUUAUGUCCAGAUUUGCCUUUUAAGUCAUUCUUGCUAGUUGCGCUCGUUGGCUGGUUGCGUUGGCUCUGUGUCUAGAUGAUAGACUUGAGAUUACUACUACUACUACUCGUUGCGCAGAGCUGGACGUAACAGUACAUCACGCGACGCAUCUGCUCGUUUUUGAUGAAGUAGGCUUUUCCCUUCUGAUUUCAUUAACCAGAAGUAGGCAUUUCUUCCUCUUAUGACGUAUCUAAUAUCCGUGGUACCUCAUAUACUUUGCCAAUCCUCCAGAUAGUCAUCGGAGCCCGUUUAAACUUCCAAUUAUGCUAUCGUCUUAUGCCGAUACUUGGUCCUCAGGUUAUCCAACUAGACCGCGUCUAGCGUACUUUACGACUCCAAUUUAACCAGUUCCUCGAUAUACAUUUUGGUGUAUGCGUUACAAUGACAGACGACGAUCUAAUAGAUUGUCAUCAUCCAUCGCCUUCCACACUUCUCAUUCGUUAUGUUGCCUAUAGUGACGGCCUCACUAUCACGUCGACUUCAAAUUCCUGAUUGUCAUUUUCUACGAUAGCAGCUUCUUGCACUUGCAUUCGGCAUCAACGAUGAGAUGCUUUGUCUGCAUCUUUCCUUUUUUGUGUGCUUUCGAGGAAUAGCAACGAUUUUCUAAACUGACGGCUCCCACUAAUUCAUACAAUUUUUACUCCAAUUAUGUAGUUUGCUCCAACACAAGCUUUUCGUUUCUUGAACUCCAUACUAGUUCACUAUCAGCUGCUUCACACCGUUUAGUUUCUUCCCACAUGUCUACUAGUUCUGAAACGCAUAUUUCGUACCAACAAAUCUUUCCUCAGUCUACUGCUUCCGAUGUCAACCAGAGAAUUGGACGUCUCUUCGAUCCCAGUUUUCUGGUCACAAAGCGUAGCGAACGCGAAACGUUACUUUAGGCUGAUGCGAUUGUUAGCUUAUUCGAUUGAUUUGCCUAUUUUUGCCACGUCUGUUCGUAAUUUAAAAAUGAAUUUCGAUUGAAUUUUCAGGUUCGUCGAGCUGACCCCCAGCAACCGUGGAUGUCACAACUCUAGCGACGCACUGAGUGCGCUGCCGGUACACCAUUCAGAUUACACUCGUGCACAUUAAAUUUGAUUCCUUUAUUUUUAUAUUCAUUUUAUAUUCGUGUGCAUCGUCGAUAAACGCAUUCUCCAUUUCCAGCACCCCGACCCGAAGGAAAUACAGAUCAACAUAACGGGCUUCCUAAAUAGCAAAAAUGCUCGAAUAUUUCUCACAGAACUUUGGGAUCUUCUUCUAUCUGCAAUGGAUAAUCCUGACGGCGUUCCUGCUGCCUUCUUGGAGGCGAAAAAGACGGAGAUACUCAAGCGUCAGGAGGAUGAACAACGCGUUCAGCUAGAAUUGCGUCGCAAAGAAGAAGAACUGCGCGCUAGAGUUUCUACUGAUCAAGUCCCGACAACCACAACCCAAGCGCGGUCUGCCAUGCAGGCGACGAGCGACAAUAGUGGCGGCACCACAAAUAUGGAAAGCUCACUCAGAAAGAAAAGCGAAAAAAAUUCCAACUCCCGUCGCUCCCAUUCGUCCUCUUCACCGUCACCUCGUCGACACAAUAGUCCGAAAAGGAGCGAUAAAUCGCGGGACGUGGAUCACGAGGUGCGUAAUCAUAUUUCUUCUCGUCAUCGCAGGAGGUCUUCCCGAUCAUCCUCGAGAUCUUCCGGCGUCGAUCAUGGGCAUACCAAGAGACCUUUGAGGGAACCUAGGCAUCCACGUCGCUCGAGAUCUCACGAUAGUCCUGAACGUUUAAUGAAGAAAAAACCUGCUCCGGACUCGGAUUGGCGGAAGGAUCUUAUGGCCGGCCGCCGUCGUAGCCCACCAGAAAUGCCGGAGAAUAGUUAUUAUGGCUAUGAAAAGCGUCACAAAGAUCGAAAACGCUCUAGAGAACGGCACCGAGAUCAUCGACGGCGUGAUGAUUCAGGAUCCCGCCAUACUUCUCCUGUAGUUGAGUAUUCUGACGGUCGCGGACACCGAAAGCAUCGUGAAACAAAGCAUCAUGAGGAUUUCGAACCCGAUAGUGAUGAUCGACGUCGUCGGAAGCAUAGAGAAAGAUUCCCUGAGUCACGUAGCCCUAGUCGGAGGAGAGCUGUGGAUGAGCGAGUAGCUAUCGACCGUGCUAACAAGUAUCACAAUCGUCGCGCGCAAUGGGCGCAAGAGGAGGACGACCUCUCAGUGAAGCAGGAAGAACCACGCAGUGGUAAACGUAUCGCUCGGACCACGCUUGAGGUUCCAGACAAACGUAUACGCCGCAGUCCUGAAGGCCCUAGCCUACCUCCAAGUCGAGUUCCUAACCGCACAGUAGAAAAAGUGGCUAAGCUACGCUCCACGACGUCUUCCACUUCCCCUUCUGACGAUGAAGAUGGGGGAAGCAGCUCCUCCAGUGAGGAAAGCACAUGCAGUUCAAGUGACGACAGCAGAUCUAGCGAAGAUGAACCAAGUGAUGCGGAAACUAGCAGUGAGAAACUCUCAUCCGGACGACCAACUCUUCAAUCGGUCGUAGUCGCUGAGCCCGAGGGACCAGCUCUUCCUCCCGCCUCAGACGAGGGCCCUGAAUGGACUGACGACGUGAAUGCCGACAGAACCGGUUCAUCGAGCUCAUCUUCUUCGUCAGAUUCUCAGGAUAGCGAGGAAGUUAGUGAAUCAUCAGACACUGACACUUCCUCCAGUGGAACUAGCGAUGUAAGUGAAAGAGAACGAAGCAAUUCAACAAAAUCGCGCAAACCCGUCUUGGAAAAGUCUCGCGACCUACAAUCGCAGAAGCGUAAAGCGUCUCCUGAGGGACCCGCCCUACCUCCCAACCUAACUGUUGAUCACAGUCGCCGUAGGGAAGAUUGUGAAAUCACCCGGAAGAAGUCUAGAGAAAAGAUCAAAGAUGGAAAAGAACGCGAUGAAGAUAUGGAAGAAGCACUGCGUCGUCGUGCACUGGCUUCACUAAUCCGCGCCUCUGGUGAUCGUCGACGACCUAGAUCCCCCUGAGCUACGCUCAUGGUGCCUUGUCUCCACCUCCUUUUGAAAGGAAACUCGUAUUCACUAUGAAUUUUUCCGCACACCUCAUUUGACAUUUGCUUUGUCUGUUUCUCGGAAUUUCAACCUGUGAAUACAGCGUUUGUAUUCUUUUGUAAAACCCUCUUCGGAUGCAAUACAGUUCUCCAUUCCAUCUUCUGAUA